UAUUGGUAUUGUCAAAAUCUUCGGGAUCUCUCGGUGUGUAAGAGAAAAUGGUUUUUCAAAUCAACCAAAUCGUUAUUGAAAAGCUACUGUGAUUACGUACAACGUUCUUGAACUUUAGAUGUAUCGUUUACCGUGUAACUUAGAAAUUUUUGUUUGUAAAUGAUGUUUCCCAUGCCGAAAUGUUCGAGUGAUACGGAGGCCGGGAGACCUUCUGAUGAGCUUGAGUCUGCCGUGGCAGCAGUGUCGGAUGAAAUAGGAGAUAUCCUUAAGGAUGAACUGGGGGAUGCUGAUCGUGCGGAUCGAAUUGGAGCCGAGUUAGCAGGUUUACGGGCGGAACUAGGACUACUUGCGGGCCUGGCAGACGAGCCUCAACAAGAUUUUCCGUCUCUUUUCGAAAUAGCUAUUGGUCACCGCGCAUCAGGCAGUGGCUCAUCAUCUACAUCAUCAUCAUCAUGGUCUGGGGCUCGAGGGGCGAAAGGCCGACGGGCAACUCGACCGCAUCGCACGCAGCGGCGUCGGACUAUUGCCAAAGGAAAAGAGGUUUGCCGCCGUCGCAGUAUUGCAGCUCGUCGUGCAGCUUCGCUUCGCAUGCGUCGUAUUGAAGUCGCGUCGGACGUGUCUGAUGUGGGUGCUGACUCAGAUUCUGAUGACCAAUGGACGGAGUUGGAUGACUCUUCAUCUUCAGACAAAGAUGGUGGUAGAAUGGACGACAUCUGCCGUGCAUAUCAGGAAAAUGAAAAGGGAUUGGUGGAAGCUCCGGCGAUGGGUCAGUUCCUUCUCCCUUUGCUCAGUGCUGAACCCCCUCCAGAGCCAGAUCACUUUCUUAUCAGACACGAGGAUAUUCUUCAGUUGUUGGCGUCAGCGGAAGAAAACGCACGCGAUGAAAUGCCUCUGGAAGACGAUGGCGCCUUGGAGACGCAGCCGGACUUACUGUCAGAAGACAUGUUUGACUCCGAGGAACCAGUGGUCACACCAGAGGAUGAAGCUGCUCUGCUUCACUUUGUCUGCGAGACGGAACAAACGUCCUUAGACGAAGAGUCGCGAACUUUCAAACCGGUUGAGGAAUGGCUUCUCGGAGUCUAUCACUCCUGGUGUGAGAUCAGUGCGCUUAUGUAUACUUUGAUUGGGACCAAUAUGAGUGUGGAAAUGGUGAAGUCUCCUUGGUCGUAUCGAGCCCGUUUCGGAUGCCAUUGUCGGCUUUGCCUCAGCGCUGCUAAUAAUGUUGCCGCAUUGAGACAUUCCCUUGUCGAUAUUGUACGGGAAUUGGCGCAUGUAAGCAGCACAAGUAGCGUAGCGGGUGCGCUCGUGAAAAUGCUGUGUCUUAACUGCGCUGAGCUCACACCGGCACAUUGGCGUCUACAGCGGAUCAAAGUGCCUGACGAAGGUGCUGAAAUCAUCCACCAACACCUAACGAGACUGGCGCAGCAGAACGAGACGGCCGAACAGUUUGUGAACAGAGUCUGUCUUUGUCGCUCCUACUAUCGACCGUUUGAGAAACAGUACGCCGUGGAAAGGUUUUUCAAAAUAUUGGAAAAGUUUAAAGCUGCGUCGACAAUCACGUUUAAGGUGGAUAUAAUCCCUCCAGAAGGAUCGCCUCCAGAAGAAUGGACUUGGAUGUCAGCAGCAAGGCGGAGAUUGGCCAGAUGUCUCGAUGCCCAUCAUCGGAACAACACAGCGCAUCGGUUGGCGGAUAUGGCUGCGAGGACCGCGCCUACUGACUUGAGUGCGUGGUCUGAUUAUAAGCAUCGCUGCGACUGUCUCACUCCAAGAACUGUCUGUGCUCAACAACGAAAACAACUUCUCAGGAUAUCGUUCUUCGGUAUGAUGCAUGCAGUCAACAAAUACAAUGGCAUAGAUGAUCCCGAUGAUAAGCAUCCAAACGAUGAGAGGCUGGAUAGCGCUGGAAGAGAAUUGCAACAGGGCGCCGGGACUGGAGCCAAACCUCCAGAUAGUAUGGAGCAGCAACUUCAAUUGGUCAAAGCUAGUAUGGAUAUGGACUUGAUGGAUUCGCUUAGCAAUGAUUUGGACGAUUUAUCAGAAUCGGACAACUCGCUCUCGGUUCACUCUGACGGCUCCAUGUCCAGUCAUUCCGGCUCCAGCCUCGACUCGGCUUCAGAGCUGCUAGUGCUGGCGGCCUGUGCAGUGGAGGGAGGUGGCUCUGGGGGCGAAGGCGCCGGCGAGCUUUGUAGGACGGUGAGGCACUUGAUGCGCUCCAUUGCGUCUAUCGAGCGCCUCAUGGAUAGGGUUCUGAAGCAUUGUGACGAUUGGCCGUCAAGGGAUGCGCCUGAUGCUAGAAAACGUGUCGAUCUGGGUCUGUCUGAAGUAGAUCGUAAACUAAUGGCCAUGUAUCGAAGACUGCCAGAGGUUCAUAGACGACAGUUGCAGGUUUAUAAGCGACAGAAAAAAUUAUCUACGGUGUGUACGGCGCUAGUGGGGACGGUGGCACCCCCUCCGCCUGCACCUGGUUCUCCCCCCACGGCCCCGCCAACCUUGCCCCCCACUAGUCUCUGUCCCGAGUAUCACCUGCAGAGGUUCAAGGAGGUCCGUCGUAAAGUAAUGCACAUGCGCGAUCAGCAAUUGUAUUAUCAUCGACUUAGAAUGUGGCUCGAAGACCAACUGCGACAAGAAAGAGAAAGCCUUCCUGACAGCACAGUGACAUUAAUAGAUGACUUGCCGAAGCGAAAACUCCGAGCUCUCAGUUCUAAACUGCCCCGUCUUGCUGCACCAAAAAGAAAACUAAAACCCACGCAAACAUUAACAAAAUCCCAUAAAAUACUCCAAAUGCUCAAAAGUAAACCGAAUAUGGAUCUUAAAUCACCCUACAAAGAAAUUGACGAUGAACCAAUCAAGUCUGAAGUAGAACCCCCCGAAGCGUUUCGAUGCGAUAGCGACGCUGAAACCAUAGUAGCUGAAAAGGACGCCGAUCUUUGUGAGGAAAUGAAGGAAUGUUUAGCGAAAUUCGCUAAUUUUGCCCUCCAUACGUUAGAUAACAACUUGCAAGAAGACUUCAAAGAAAAAUACCCAGAUUCUGUGAGUCCCCCGCUACAGGAAAUGUCGCCAACUACGUCUGAACCGAUGCCCGUUUAUCAGAAAAAUCCCAGAAUGCUCCCCAUAAGCAAGUUUUUAAAGGAAGACAAAAAGGAAGAGCAUAAAGUCGAAGUGGUCGAGAAUAAAGAUUCCAAUGUUUUUAAAUAUGUUACCUUCGGUUUGGAAAUCAAAAAGGCCAUGGAGGAAUGCCAGUAUAUUAUUAAUACUUACAAUAGAACGCAGAAUGAAAAAGAUAAAGAGGAUCCCGACGAUCUGGUGUCAUUAGAACAAAUAGUUGAAGUUAUGAUGAAUUUAGAAAAGAAUUCGGCUGAAUUUUUAGAUAAAGCCGAUUCUGACGAUCUACACCUGUACGUGACCAACGGUAACAAGUUAACUGAAGUAGUAGAAAAUAUGCCACAGAUAUUAGCAAAUAUGCCUGAGAUUGCGUCAAAGCUAUCCGAAUUCGCAAACGCCAGCUUUGAACUACCCGAAUUUGCGUCCAUUAUGAAUAGUCUACCGGAAGUCAACACUGACGCUCAGUUGACUCCGGAAACUCUUAAACAAAUAAGAGAAUUGAAGUUAAGUAAGCGCGAUAGUAUUAAAGUUACUAAAAGCACUGCCAAACGUAAAAAUAAACCUAGAGUUAGGAAUACUGAUAACGAUAUAGAUAAUGAUUUAGAUAGUAAGGAUAGUGAAUCAGACAAACAGAAUAAGGAAGAUCAACCACCACCAACAUUACUUGCCAAGUGUUUAGAAGACGAAACUAUUGUUAUACCGAAAGACGUUAAGAGUUCAGAGUCAUAUUUUAAAGCUGCAGAAUUAUUUGAAAAGGCAGUGAAGGAUGCCUUAUCUAUGGAUGAACUAAAGGGAGUCAUGCGUCCUAAAUUUACUUUUUGGCGGGAUUUCGUAACAAGUAAAGUAAAAUCGAUCCCCCUAGAAAUUCUACGAAACGAAGUAGAAGGAAUGCUAGAGAAAUUUUAUUUGCACAUUAAAGAUAUGGCAUGCAAACAUCAGGGACCGCAAAUAGAUAGACUGAUUGAAAAAGCAGAGGAGGCCAGAGAGACCGUUGACAGAGAUUCAGACGAGGAAAGCUGUCCACAGUCUAAAGAAUCGCUCAAACAAAUAACGAAGUUACUAAGCACUUCUGCUGGGAACACGUUCGAUCUACUUAUUAUGAAACUAUCAAAAAUGUCGCAAGACAAUAAAUCCUCUAUCAAAAAUCUCAAAUUUAAAUACUAUGACGUAAUUAGACGGUGUUUAGACUCUCAACAACUAUCGUCUUGGGUUCUCUUAAACCCAGAAAUAGCAACCAAUGUAAUACAAGAACUAACAGGAAUGCCAGUGACUAAAGUAGAUAAUACUCCGGAUUUCACGACCAUACCUAAUGAAAUAAAAACUGAUUAUUUUAUAAAUCGAUUGCGCGAAAUGAAUCGAAAUUAUAUGAGGAGCAUACCCAAAAAUUCUUUAACUGGAGAUCAGUGGCUGAUUAUGCUAUACAAAUUGGAAGAAGUAGAGAAAUGUAUUAAAGAAACGUUUUUGAAAAUCAAACCUGAAGCUACCAAACAAACUCCGCCGCCUAAACAAAAUACGAAUCAGCCAAGCGAAGCGGAAAUUUUGGCAGCUAAAGGUCUCAGCAAAAUAAUAGGAAAAGCAAAUAUACGACCAGUUAAGAAAACACCAACACCACCAGCGAAAGAAGUUAAGCCCGAGCCAAAAGUCGAGAAAGAAGAUAAGAAAUCUAAAAACGAUGCAUUACUUGCUAAGUGCGAGGCAAUACUUGUAUCGAAAGGCGAAAAGUCCUUGUUAGAGAGUUUUUACGCUAUAAAAUCAUAUAUCGUACAGGGCGUACCUGUUCCCGAGACAUAUAAAAAGCACGUCAUAUCAAUUUGUUCUAGCAUAGACGCUAGACUUUUAGAUGACGACAUAGAAGAGACGUUAAAAGUAGAAGAUGAUAAGAAUUUAUCAGUUAUAGGGUCACAAAAUCCGGAAUUAUUAGCAAAAUAUUCCGCUCAAGCUUUAAGAAAUGCUAAGCAAACACUCAACGCGGUGGCAUUUAGGAACAUGAAGAACGGUGAUGAAUGUGAUACUCCGAAGAAUAAUUGCAAGUACACUAAUGAUUGUACGUGUGAGAGUUGCAAGGAGAGUGACAAGGAUGAGAAGGAGAAAGAGAGAAGGGAAAGAAAGCCGAUGCUGAAGGCGAAACCGGUGCAAAAGCCAUGUGAAAAUGGAAUGCAUCAGCCGCACUUUUGUAAAGUAGGACACAGUACGGCACCGGCGCCGACGCAAAGCGGGUGUUCCAGUGAGAAUCCCGACCAGCCCUGCUCUUGCUGUUAUUGUACAGUUUUUGGACAUGCUCCGCCUCUCACUACACCAGUACCGAGAAAUUUCAACGAAACGAGAGAAAGGUUAAGAUCGAUUCUCAAUAAGAAAAAACAGAAAUGCAAGUCAAAUGGUGAUUCAAAUUCGCCAACGGCUGAAACGGAACGCCCAAAAAUACAACCAGUUCAUCGACCACCCGCUCUCCCUAAAACAUUACCACCGAAUUUAACUCCACAAGCGCAACAAAAGAAGCAAAUAUUGGACAAGCAACAAAAACAGCUCGCUGACCAAAUGGCCAAAAUGGCUGUUAGUGAAAAACCAGAGACAGAGACUAAGCCAGUACAAAACUCCGCAACACCCACUCCACCAAUAAACACGGAUUGUAAGGUCAAUCCAAAUGCAAUGGAACAGAUAAAAUGGCAGGAACAACGCACUCCCCUACACCAGAGACAAGCAAUUCUUCAACAACAGGAACAAAUACACCAACGACAGUUACAACAGUUUCAACAGUUGGAGAAACAGAUACAGCUACGCAUGCAACAGCAACCGCAAAAGAAACCUGAGCCGAUAUACGACUUGCCCAUACACAACAAACCAACACUGACGCCCCAACAACAACAACAAAUACGACACCAACAAUUACACCAGCAACAACAGCAAAUGCUCCGUCAACAGCAAGCACAACAAACUCAACAAGCCCAGCAACAGCAAGCACAACAAACUCAACAAGCCCAGCAACAGCAAGCACACCAAACUCAACAAACCCAGCAACAGCAAGCACAACAAACCCAGCAACAGCAAGCACAACUGCAAGCCCAGGCACAACAGAUCCAACAGCAACAGUUACAGCAGCAACAGCAAAUGCAACAAGCACAUCUGUUGCAGCAGCAACAUUUGCAGCAGAUGCAGCAAAGACAGAGCAGGCCGCAACAACAAGGGAUGUCUAUCUACAGUAGGGAAACUAGUGUGUAUUCAUCGACAUCUCGAUGCUCUAGUGGAUCUUGCUGGCGUGGGCGUGGCUGCUCAAAUAGAGUUGAGGAUCCGCGGGAUUUAGACGCAUUGCUCCAGUAUAUUGAAGGACCGGCAAGACACGUUGACAGAGGCAAGAAAAAGGCUAAGAAACAACGGCAGAAAGCGAAAAAGACGGAAAGCCGCGUAUCGCACGAAGUGUUAAGUUUACGUGAAGAAGUUCGUCGCGCGCAAGAAGCCUGUUGGGAAGCGCAAGGCGCGCACGCAAUGAGCGCCGUGUUCGUACGGAACGCACGGGAUAGGUUGUAUCAGUUGCAACGGGCAAAAAAUAAAUGUAAAAAAGUGAAAAUGAACGUCGCACAACAGGCUAAGCUUAAGGUUGCCAAUGAAGAAUUGACGACUAUGACCGGUCUCUUUCAUAACAGUGCUAAGGAGUUGGAAUCAGUAAUGAACCACUACUUUGAACUCGGAUCGAGUCUGGAGCAAGCGGAGAGACAACUCUCGGAUGCGAGGGCCUUGCAGGGAUUCAAAGAUGUCGAGCAAAACCAUUUGAUAGUGAAAAUGAAGAUGGAAGAAGUUCGGAAGUUUCUUAAAGAAUUUAUGGAUAAGCAACUUAUAAGUAUAGGCCUGGUCCCAAAAUCCCUGGAGCCAGGACAGAAUAUGGCGCGAGUCAUAAGAGUGGAGAAUGGGGCGAACAUACAGCAAGAGGUCAUGGAUGAUCACCAGGCUAAAGUCAUGGAAUUACUAGAAGAAGCGCAGCAAGCAAAGAAACAAGCUGAUAAGAAGCAAAGUUGGGAGCAAGCUAUUGCUCAUAUCAAUCAAUUAGCUAAGGGAAAGAAAAAACAGAAAGAAGCUCAGGCUCAGGCAAAGAAAGCCGAGGAAAAGAAACAAAAAAAACAACAAAAGGAAGAGAUCAGAGAAGAAACUCCACCUCUAUCCAAAAAGCAGCGGAAAGUGUUAGCAAAACAACAAGCAGAAGAAGAAGAAAGAAAGAGACAGCAAGAACUUCUUCAACAGCAAGAGGCAAAGAAGAAGGCAGAGAAAAAGGAGCAGCAGAAACAAGAAACGAAAGACAAAAAGGAUAAGAAAACCGAGAAGAAAGAAGAAAAAAAGAAAAAAGAAGAGAAGAAGGAAGUAAAGAAAUUGGAAAAGGAGAAAAAGGAAACUAAACAGGAAAAAAUAGCACCAACAACAAAGCCAAAGCCCCAACAACAACAACAACAUCAACAACAAACACCCCAGAACACCAAGAAAGAGAAGAAGAAAGAACAGAUCCAGAAAGUCAUCAACAUAACUCCUGAUACUACUAUAGAAGUCGUUAAUAAUAAAAAGCCUGCUAGUACAAAUGAAAGUGAAAAGCCAUCGUCUUGUAGCAUUAUGGAGCAGCUCAGCAGCGGUGUUCAGGUAGCCGAUCUUCGUCUCCCUCCCGGAAUAACCUUGACUAGAGUACAUCCAAAUGAGAAGAGAGAGACCCCGCCCAUUAAGUCCGUCCCCCUAUGGAAAUGUAACCAGCUCCCGGCCACACCCACCCCUGUCGCGCGACCACCGCCUGUUAUUAAUGCUGAACCAUCUUUAAUGAUGUUCUCUACAGCACAGCCAGAACCGCCAAAAACAAUAAUAAUCCCCGAGCAGCCGAAAUCCAAAAAGGCCAAGAAAAAAGCUAAGAAAGCCGCAGAGGAGACCAAAGAGCCCAAAAUGGUUACGCUCCGCAACCCAAUGUUCCAUCCGAACUUGCCCCCUGUCCAAAUAACUGCCCCUCCAAAGAAUGACAUCCGCAUUCCGGACCCCAUCCCGAUGCCCCCCACUCCUUGCCAAGCGACAAUCACCCCUACGUCUAACGGAAUGUAUACUAUUCGGAACCCGUUAAUGUCCAUGAUGCACCAGCAGAGCAUGAUGACGCCACCCACCAACCAAAAUUAUGCACCGUUUCCGACGUAUGUGGUGGACAAUCAGAAAGAGGAAUUCCCCAGUCGGCUGAUCAAUUUGGCCUCUUUCACGCAGAAGAAUGAUGAUGGAUAUUCCCUGUUUCAAACGAAUGAAGAUACGCAACAGAAAAGUUUUUUAGCUCCCGAUUUCUAUGAGCCAAAAGUAUCUCCGAAUCCGAUCGGUACCAGACCUAACGAUUCGUUAUUUGCUAAUCCGAUACCGGAACCCAUUGGGACGCCUUUGAAACGAGAAGAAGAAAAACAAGAAUACAGUAUUUACACUCCAUUCGGCCAAGAAGACAGAAAUGUGUUCAGAAACGCUUUGUUCAAUGAUAAAAAAGAGGAGCUAUCGAACGGCGAUCAAUUGCCCUAUUUCCAAAGGCUAAGAGCUGGAUCGCAGCUUAACAAUGAAGUCAGCAUACAUUAUGUAUCGGAUUCCAAGUUUUACAAGGGGCAGGAGCGCUACCCUGAAAUGCCAUGUCAACAAGACGGGCGUCAGUCAGUCUUCUCCCACGGGUGGCCGGAUCCGCAACAAUACCACACAAGUAUGCAAUCUUCAACGAGUUCUAUGACGUGUGAAUCUGCGUGUGAGUCGGGUGGGACAUCGCCGCCUGAUCAGCAUGUGCCCAUCACACAUCCGCCCGAAACGAGUGUAUUCCUGCCGUCGAAUACGAAUUUAUCGUCGCUCGAAGUCACAGAUCGAGAGAUCGAGUCGUUCAAACGAUUCGAUUAUUUUUUCGAGCCGCCGCAACACAAGCCCAAAGUGCAAUUGGACGUUAGGGAUAUCGCGGCUGCGUUGCGACAAAAUCAUAAAUAAUUGGCGUUAACAUAUCUAUGUGCUGAGCACUUUUAUGUACUUAUAUUUAACAUUUUAUUGUCUCUGGUAAAAUUCAGUCGAAAUCCAUUACAUGUUUAAUGUUAGAGUACUUAUUUGCACUCAGUUUCGCGGAAUUUGUACCCUAGGUGCUGUGGCAAAAUAUAUUUACCGGAAUAAUACUCCAGACACCAUGUGCACUAAUCUGUAAAUUUCAUUUUUUUGUCUAUGAGUGGGGAAUUUAGCGAUUUCCCGAAGUCAUAGACAAACAAGAUCUGGAACAGAUAUAUAAUAAUAGGUGCAUAUUCUAAAACGUAUCAAGUACCUCGACUUGAGCGCUGUCAAAUAUGUCAGACUUCAUAAAAGAAAGUGGUUUGACAGCUCUUAACUAGAUUUUAGUUAACGUUUUAGAAUACGCGCCUAAGUGCUCGAUCAUUGAGUCGCAUUAUGAUUUGUUUUUAUCUAUACAUUAUAUUUUAAAAUACAUCAGUCAUUACAGUCUGAUAGAUGUUUUUGUUUACGCGGUAAACGUGAAUAUGUUUAAUUCGAUAUCUAGACAUUGCCUCAAGAAGGUACUAAAUGUAUCGUCGUGGAUAGAGAUAAAUUGGUAUAAAUACCAGAUUUUAAAACACGAACAUCUUUGUCAAAUAUAAAAUGCUUUAUAUCAUAACUAUCAUGAUAGAAAUAUAUAGAGAAUGGUUCUCUAAGAACAAAGAGACAAUCAGCUUGAGCAGUCUUUUUUACCAUGAACGAAAGAAGAUGCAUUACUUUAAAUUCUUUUAAUGGGAAAAAUUUCAAGUCAGUUUACAAGAAUUUAAAGUAAUUAUCUUAUUAGUGUUUAUGGUUAAUUGGUGACGUUUCGUAUAGAAACUAACAGUUUUGACAAGUAAAAUGUGACAUUCAAGGAUAUGACAAUGACGUUUUAAAUUGGAGCAAAGAUGAAACUAUUAUGCAUCUGUUUCUUUCACUAGAGGCAUGUUAGGAUUUAAAUGCUCAAAACUAUUUCGUCGCUAUACUUUUCUUUCUACACUUGCUAUAAGUCUGCUAGAGACAGUCUGAUCUUUGCUCCGUUUAAACUAUCUAAUAUAGACAAAUAUAUUUAAAAAGGAUAUUUCAAAGAUUUUUGCUUGACUCUUUAUUUGGCGAUUAUUUG